AUGGACGAGCAUGCUCGGACUGAGACACAAUUACUCUUUGCGCAAUCCGGCAAGGGCGUCGUAAAUCGACGCGCUGUGAUCCUGGCCUUGGUGACGGAUCACCUGGACACAUUGGGGCGGAUGGAGAGGUGGAGAUCCGUAUUGUUGCCACUGAAGAAGGAACGGUCGGCGACGGAGGUGCAGGUGACGGAUCACCUGGACACAUUGGGGCGGAUGGAGAGGUGGAGAUCCGUAUUGUUGCCACUGAAGAAGGAACGGUCGGCGACGGAGGUGCAGAGCAGAGCAGAGCAGAGCAGAGCAGAGCAGAGCAGAGCAGAGCAGAGCAGAGCAGAGCAGAGCAGAGCAGAGCAGAGCAGAGCAGAGCAGAGCAGAGCAGAGCAGAGCAGAGCAGAGGAGAAGAGAGGAGAGCAGAGGAGAGCAGAGGAGAGGAGAGGAGAGCAGCCUGUUCCGAUAGCAGUGUUACCGGUGUGGCGCCUCUCGAUCGGCUCUUACUUUAUCGAUUCGGAGUAUUUUCGCAUCAGUGUUGUGUUAACACAGGCUGACUAUUCAUCACAGCUGGCGUGGAACGGCUCAAGCCACCAACCCGCCGCUGCGCUAUUUUUUACGGCAGAGUCACAGUCGGUACUCGUCCUUUAUGAAUAUGUGCCGUAA